GAUUCUCCGACCGGCAGACGACCGCGGGACGACGUAUCUGAAGCUCGCGACGCGACGUUGCCACACCGCACCGAUGCUAUUUCACGACAAACUUGAUAUCAAACUAAUAAGACUUGUCAGAGAGAAUCCUGUAUUGUACGAUCAUAAUAAUGCUAAAUAUAUGGACUUUAAUAUGAGAGAGGUGACCUGGCAGAAAAUUGGCGACGAUCUGAAGAGAUCCGCUGCUGAUUGUAAAGUAAGAUGGAUUAACAUACGAGACGUGUACAGGCGAAUCUUAAGGAAAAACCUGGAACCAGGACAGCGUCCCAAAAUGUAUAAAUACGAAAGUGAAGUUUCGUUUCUUCGUCCAUUUUACAAAGACGUAACGUUACAAAAUGAGGAAUUUGAAUCAGAUGAUCGAAGCAAUGACCAAGGGAAUGACGACCAUGGGGACGACGGCGCUAACAAUAGUGACAAUUCAGACGUACCUGAUAAAAAACCUAAAAUCAAAAGCUAUUAUAAAUCUAGUGUGAAGAAAAAGAAGAAGAGGCGGAAUUACGAGGAAGCUAUCGACCCAAUGAGCACACCUACAUUAAACGACCCGGCUAGCCAAUCAGAAUUCGAUUCUACCGAUCCUGUCGACGCAUUUUUACUAAGUAUCGGUGCGACGUUGAGAACAUUUUCUCCUUACCAUUUAAAUCUCGCAAAAAGCAAAAUAUUCUCUGUGGUUCAGGAACACGAUCUCCAGCAAAUAGUCGAAAAAAACCAACACAACGAAACAACGCCACAUGACAUAAAAAUCACCUCAUCAGAAUCAAUUUAUAUGCAAUAAUUGUAACUAAAAAAGAGAGUAUAUAGUUUUUGUUUGAAAAUUGUUAUUAUAUAAUUACAUUACACUAAUUGUAAAAAUCAUUAAAACAUACUUAAUUUGUGCAAUAUGAGUCAACAAAAUCGAACUGACCUUUAAAUGGAUUGAAUUAUAUUAUUGUGUAAUGUCAACA